CCAUGGACUCCGCGGCCGCCGCAGACCUGACGGACGUGCUGUGCGAGUUCGACGCGGUGCUGGCCGACUUCGCGUCGCCCUUCCACGAGCGCCACUUCCACUAUGAGGAGCACCUGGAGCGCAUGAAGCGGCGCAGCAGCGCCAGCGUCAGUGACAGCAGCGGCUUCAGCGACUCCGAGAGUGCAGACUCACUGUACAGGGACAGCUUCACCUUCAGUGACGAGAAGCUGAAUUCUCCAACAGACUCCACUCCAGCUCUCCUGUCCUCCGCUGUCACUCCUCGGAAAGCCAAAUUAGGUGACACUAAAGAGCUCGAAGACUUCAUUGCCGAUCUGGACAGAACCUUAGCAAGUAUGUGAAGCAAGGAGUCUGGGGUCCUUAUGCCACAAGAGUGAAACUCCAGAAGGCUCCCAGGACCUGGCAAAAUCAGCUACUAGAAUCUGCUGUGGGAGAGGGCAGAGCCGAGGCUCCUGCCAUCUGGCCAUUCUUGGUUCACCAUAACAUUAGCCAUUGGGUCCAUCUCUUGGCAGUUCAGACAGUGAAGCUGACUUUGUUUACCUACCUGUACCAUAUUCAAGAGAUGAUCUAUCUAAUGUGUUUUUACUCCUUAAACAUAACUCUUCUAUAAUUUAAGAUGCUUCUAUGGAAAUAUUUGUAAUUACUUAUAUAUAGUUGGAGGUCAUAAUAAGCUUUCCCAUCAUAAUAUAUUUUUGUAUACAAAUAAAAUUUAAGCUGGGAUCUGUACUUUGAA